AUGUAUGGUCGGAUUGCUAACUGGGAGUGGCUGGCUGUGGGCGACAGCGGCAGUGAAGGGUGGCGGAUGGAGAGAGAAAAUGGGAUUAUCUUCAACUUAAGAGUGGUGAAGGGGUCUGAUGUCCGUCCCAUCAGAGCAAUGAAGUUCUCCGUCUCACCUGGUGUUCAUAUUGUCAUUCAGUGCAAAGUUGCAUCUGGCCUUCCUCAGCUAGUUGAAGGUUCGAAGUGUUUGGCUAAAUCAGACCCUAUGGUGUUUUGUGCUAUUGGAAAAGGUGAACUCCACCUGGAGAUUUGUUUGAAGGGUCUACGGGAUAAAUUCAUGGGUAAUGCUGAAAUUGUUAGGUCUGACCUUGUUGCGUCUUCCCGUGAGACUGUUUUUGAGAAGCCCUGCAGAGCCAUGAUGAGCAGGUGGGUACUCAAAGCUCGACCCGAGAUCUUGUCUGAGGAGUUCAUUUGUGGCAAAAAUCUUGCAAAGAAAAUCUGGUGUUCUGGAACUGGGACCACAGACCCUAACAUGGUGGUUGAUGUGUGUAAGGGAGCUCGGCAUUUUGAUGAAAUUAAGAAUUCUGUUGCUGCUGAGUCACGGUGGUUGACAAAGGCGGGCGUAUUGGCUGAGGAAGAACACGAGAGACAUUUGCUUUGA